UAAAUGUGAGGGGAGAAAAGGGCGGGAAACGUGAGGGGAGAAAAGGGCGGGAAACAUGAGGGGAGAAAAGAGCGGGAAACGUGAGGGGAGAAAAGGGCAGGAAACGUGAGGGGAAAAAGGCCAGGAAACGUGAGAGAAAAGGGAAAAUUGCAAGAAAAAUGACAUCAGCCCAAGGGUCCCGUGGUCAGGGUCUUGCUCAGAUGCAGCAGCUCCAAAUAUUCCCAUGUUAUUGCACCUUGAAUAAAUUUUGGCUUUGUGGAAAUCUGAGACUCUGAGGUUGAAGUGGUGAGGAAAAAACUGAGCCUGGCCAGGAGAAUCCAAAGCCAUGAAACAUUCCUACCACCUUUGAUCCCAUGGAAGGGAACCACCUCUUGCCGAGAACCGGAAAAAAGAUGACAACAAAGACAUGGAAAAUUGCUGUCGCCGUCCCAUGGAGGAGGAGGAGAAGCCCCCCCGGGGGGGGGAGGACCCGGCGGGGCCGGGCGAGGACGGGGGGGGGCCCGGGGGAGCCCCCCCGGAACCUGAGGGGUCCCUGCGGCCCAGCCAGGGGCUACUGAAGGCCCUGCAGCGCCUGGUGAGCAGCGGCUUCACCUGGGGACAAGACCCCCCCCGCAAGCCCCCCCGGCAGCGCUGGUGUUGGGGACCCCGGCCCGAGGGCGGCGCGGUUUGGGAGCCCGCGGGGGGCCCGGGGGGAGCCCUGGAGCAGCUGCAGCUCAGCAGCGGGGAGGGCUCCCCGAGGACGAGGAGCUGGAGUUGGUGGCCGAGGUUCGCGUGGCGGAUUUGGGGGCGCUGGCGGCCGCCUCGGGGCUCCUGCGCAGGGAGCGGCCCUGGAGGGCCCCCAAAGCAGGUUCGCGUGGCGGAUUUGGGGGCGCUGGCGGCCGCCUCGGGGCUCCUGCGCAGGGAGCGGCCCUGGAGGGCCCCCAAAGCAG